GACGUCACAAAGGAUUUUGGCUCCAAAUGGAAGAAUAUUUUCAUCCACAUGGAGACAUACCUUGAGCUGGAUAUUGCACUGAACAGCCAUAUGUGGCUGUUGCAUUAUCUAUUCCUCAGAGAUAUCAAUCAAGAUGCAGAACUAUGGCAACAAAUGUGGAACUUCCACCCAUUACAGAGUCACAAAGGACAGAUGAAAUCACCAAAUGAGAGGUGGAUGGUUGGUAUGCUGGGGAAGGGCUGUUGA